AUGGCCGAAACUGCUGCUAAAAAGCUCAAGACCUCGUCCCCUUUGAUCGGGACUCACAGCGGCCACUUCCACGCCGAUGAAGCCCUGGCCGUCUACCUUCUCCGCCUCCUACCUACCUACGACUCCUCUCCCCUCGUUCGCACCCGUGACCCUGCUGAACUGGAGAAAUGCCACACCGUGGUGGAUGUGGGCGGCGUCUACGACCCCGCCAUCAACCGCUAUGAUCACCACCAGCGGACCUUCUCGACGACCUUUCCCCAGCGCAACACCAAGCUUUCUUCCGCCGGUCUGGUGUACAUGCACUUCGGCAAGGCUAUCAUCGCACAGAAGCUGUCUCUUCCCGUAGACCAUGCCGAUGUUGACCUUCUCUACGAGAAGCUCUACACUGACUUCAUCGAGGCCAUUGACGCCAACGACAACGGCAUUUCCGCCUACGACUCCGCCGCCAUUUCCAAUGCCAACCUGGAGAAGCGCUUCAAGGAGGGUGGUGUCACUCUCAUGUCUAUGGUCGGUGACAUGAACAACCCAGACCCCACCAGCCCUCCCGGCGAACCCCAGGACGAAGACAGUCUGUUCGGCCGCGCCAGCAUCCUCAUCGGCAAUGCUUUCGCCCGCAAGAUGCACCACGCAUGCACCUCUUGGAUGCCUGCCCGCACAACCGUCGGUGCCGCAUAUGCCGCGCGCAAGGAGGCCCACCCCUCCGGCCGCAUCCUCGUCCUUCCCCAGGGCGGCGUGCCCUGGAAGGAGCACCUGUACAAUUUCGAGGCUGAAGCCUCCGGCAGCAAGGACAUUGACCCUACCAAGCAGGUCUACUAUGUCCUGUACCCAGAGAACGCCAAUGCCGACGCCAAGUGGCGCGUGCAGUGCGUGUCUGUUUCCGAGAGUAGCUUCGAGUCGCGCAAGCCUUUGCCCGAGUCAUGGCGCGGUGUGCGCGACCAGGACCUGGAUGGUGUUAUGGCUGCUGAGGCUGAGAAGAACGGCCAGAGCAAGCUGCCUGAGGGUGCUGUCUUUGUUCAUGCUUCCGGUUUCAUCGGUGGUCACAAGACUAAGGAGGGUGCUAUGGGUAUGGCCGAGCGUGGUCUUGGACUAUGA